AUGGCCACGCCACAGUGCUCGGUGUAUGCGACGGGACAGGACGGGACAGAGCAGUGCUGUGCCUUCAAGGCACAACUGCAGCACUUGCUCAUCUUCAGCCCUUCUGAGGCCUCUCUGCUUCAGCAAGCGCUCCUAACUGCAAGGAGUGACAUGGAGCAGAGAGCCCCCAGUGUGCCCAAGCUGGCGUGGCUGGAGGAGGAAGAGGCUGGACCUACCUCAGUACAGCAGCCUGAAGAACUGGAGCAGUUCCAGCUGCUGCAGGAGCAUGCAGCCAAGGACCGGACAGAGGAAGAAGAGGCCGCCCGUGGCCGCUUUGGCAGAACGGCGCAGGAAGAGACCGCCGGUGCCGGCACGGGCGUCUUGGAGAACCUUCCGUUCCUCGGUGCCGAGACCGGUGCUGCCAUGCUGGAUUUGCUUGUGGAGAAGGGUGUCUCCAAUGCAAUGCAAGUGCCCGCCAUGGUGAGGUACAUCCACCAGUGGCUCACGGCCAAUGAGGCUGCUGGGCACAGGCUGGACAAGGCCCUUCUGGAGCUGACCCAGGAAUACCCCUGUGACGUGCUGAUCACCCUCUUGCGCUGGGCCCCAUCGUGUGACAGAGCUGCCACCACCAUGUGGGCAUCCAUCAUGUCCUCGAGCAGGACUGCGGAGCCGGCGCUGCAGCUGCUCCUCGAUGUGCUGAGCGCCUGGCCAGUGCACAGCGUGUUCACCUCCGAUGGGGACGACGCAGGAGUCUUUGCCCUGGCUGCAACCGUGGCGCUGUGGAGAGUCUUCAAUCUGGCCUGGCGCUCGCGUGUUGUCCUGGAGUAUUUCCCCAGGCUCUUUCUGCGUCUCCUCCACCAAACUUACAUCAGCACGCAGGAGAUGCCAGAAGAGGUUGAGACCUUCUGGAAGGCAUGCCAGGAGCAACACGGCCUCUCCGCCACCCCCAACAGCUUUGCGCUGCAGACCCUGAAGGCCCUGCUCUGCCAAAUGCGCUAUGAGCACGUGGUGCUGUCCAUGGAACGCAAGCGUGCCUGGGACACGCUGCUCCGUGCCGACACCCACCACUGUGCAGUGGGUCUGCUGGCCAGGGAGAUGCACCGUGUCUCCAGCAUCUGGUCCUGCGACAUGGCGUCCUGCCUCUUGGACCUGCUCAGCCAAGGCAUUUCAGACUGGGAACUGCCCGCCCUGGACUUACUGGUGGAGGUCCUGGAUUGCCUGGACUUGAGCGAAUGCAGUGAAAAAGUCCUGGAGAUCUUGACGAGGCACCUGCAGAGCCAGUCCAGGCAGAUGCGUCGCGUGGCGCUCCGAGGCCUCGUGGUGCUCACUUCCAUGGAUCCAAGCAUGUACAGCCUGACUGAAAGCCUUGGGAAGCUACUGUGGGAUAGGGAUGGAGACAUCGUUGAGAUGACCCUCGUUGUGCUACGCCUCCUGCUGCUGCAGAAAGACCUGGCAAUAGCCAGCCCCAUCGCCCUGCAGCUGGCUGAGGCGCUCUGGCACCUCUUUGACAAUGACAACAGCCUUGUGCAGCUGCUCUCCAUUCGCCUCUUCCAAGGCGUGAUCACGCGGGUAGUGGCAAAGGGAGAAAAGGCCCUGAAGAAGCAUGUGAGCCAGAGCCUGCUCCCACUCUUCUUCCACUGCCACCAUGAGGACCGGCCUGUGGCACAGGCCUCUCGGGAAACGCUGCUUUCUGCACUAAGUGUGCUGAAGAGGAAGGAUCUCAAGCAGCUGCUGAAGACCGAUCAGAUGUGGAGAUUUGCCGAGCGCUUGCUGGCAGAGGACAGGAGCCGAGCGGCCGAGCACCUGCGCCUGGCCCUGCCGUACCUGCGGAGCGCACAGGAGCCCCUGCGAGAGGCGGCCGUCAGGUUCAUGGGAAUGGCCGGGCGCUACCUGACAGGGCAGCAGCCGGAGUUCCACAUCAUCUGCAGCGCCCUUCAGGACAUGACGGAUGACAGCAGCCCAGCCAUCUCAUGCUUGGCUCUUCAAGCUCUGUACAUCCUUUUAGCUGUACGGAGCGUUCCCUCCUCCCGAGUGCAGAGGAUGCGAGACCAACUGCGCCGCCUCUGGAAGUGGCAGCCUUUCCUGUGUGGCCGUGGCUGAGUGUCCUGCCGCGGCGCUGCGGAGAACGGAUCCGGGAGGCUGCGUCUGCUGGGGCCACCUGAGCCUGCGGGGAACAGCUCUCCUCUGCCGGCACUUCC